UUCCAUGCGUUUUAUUUAAAAGGAAAACCCCAUGACGAACACACUAACAGCUUCCUGCUGCUUGUAAAAUAGUACUUUUGUGGCUAUUGAAGAAGGGGAGGGACUAUAGACUUUUAAUGAAACUGUUGUAUGAACUUUCAGGACUGCACCGAGAAACCUUCUCUCUCUUUACCCCUAAAAUCCAGUUCUCCCGUGCUUUUAUAGGGAGUGCAACACUUUUAGACCACUGGGAAGCCGAACUGGAGAAACUCCAUAGACGUAGGCUUUAUUAAGGAUGUAAACCAACGUUUUUAUUUUAUUUGUGUGUGUGUGUGAAAUUUGCCUGCCAAACCCCAGCUGGACUUAAUUUGACGAUUCUUUUAGAAGAGUUUUUUGUUACUUUUUUCUCUUAAAGGUGAUUAUGGCACUGGUCCACGGUGUGCGCUUCUCCUUGCAGCGCAGGGGACGCGCGGCGGUUUUUGCACUUCUCCUUUGCGCACAGGCCACUUUUGGGUUCUCGGUCGCAGGACAGCAGGAGAACACCUGCGAAGCCAACGGUAGUAUAUACUACGUCGGGGAAUGGUAUUUCCUGGACUCAGAUCACUGCACCCAGUGCGAGUGCACCGAUGAGGGCUCUGCAUGUGCCCGCACCGAGUGCACGUCCCUCCCGGCUGCGUGCAUCCACGUUAGCCACUACCCCACCGACUGCUGCCCCAGGUGCGAAAAGAUCGGAUGUGAAUACCGGGGGAUAGUGUAUGAGCUUGGCCAGAAUUUCCAGCCGUCAGAGUGUGAGCAGUGCACUUGUGACAGUGAUGGCAUCGCCCGCUGUCUUGUCGCAGAUUGUGCCCCUCCACCAUGUGUCAACCCUGUCUAUCAGACGGGGAAGUGUUGCCCUGAAUGCAAGGAAGGCAUCUUAUGGAUCUGUGUGGUCCCAACUGCUAUGUUGAUGCAUCACGCAGUAAAGUUAUUCCUGCUGGAGAUUCUGUCUGGGUUGAUUCCUGCACCAAGUGUCGUUGUCAUGAUGGCCAGGAUGCUGGCUACUGGGAGGGAAACCGCCUUGCCUCCUGUUCCCGCCUCAAAAACUGUACACCCGAGCAACCGUCUGCCCAGCAAAAUUGAUUUUCUCUACUCAUAGAGACACAAUAGUUAUUUUAAAGAGUAGCACUUUGUAACUUCCUAUACUGCACAAUUACCAGCUAUUUGAGAAUCUGCAAGUCAAGAACAGCAGCUGUCUGGAACUUGCACAAGGAUGCUGUGACGCAUUGACAGCUAUGUAACAAAGACGGGAAGAUAAAUAGUGCUUCAUAUCACAUAUUUAGCCAAUAUAAAACCAAAAUAAGUUUAAUAAAACUGGGAUUUGAACCAUUAGUUUCAAUAAAUGUAGUAAAUAUGUGUUUAACAGUGACUUAAAAAGCUUUAGUUUUUCUCCUUUAUAAUGCAUGAUUAAACCUACCUAUGGAAAGAACUACCAAGCUUGACCUUUAAAUGAUAUGUCACUUCAGAUACUUGAUGCUAUAUUUAAUCUCUUUUUGGAUGGAGACAGAAGUGGGUUUUUAUAGGCUUUAAUUACCCAGGAGGUAAAUUAGUUUUAAGAAAUGUUAUAAAGCCAGUGAGAUUAUUAGAUGGGACGUUAUAAUUGACCCGUCACUGGGUGACGGAGCGUUGAAAUGUACAGUUGUGAUACAACUCACAUGAGGAGAUGGCUAAGCAGAGCUGUAAACAAUUCUGUUUGUUCUCUAAAUCUUGUAGUUGCACUUCUAUGCUAAUUAGAACAUAAUGUAUGACAGCAUGGCCUCCCAUGGGUUUACAGCAGUUGUAGACAAGGGCAAUAUUUAACCACAGUCCUUCAUUUAAUGAGGUAUUGUUUCUGCAUUUAUAGCGGGUGAAACUAUUCAAAUCCCACUGCUUUAUUUGAGAUUUUGUCUGCUAUUGGGAAUGUGCUACCUUUAACGAAACUAGAAUUCCCUGUGAUUCCUAUUCAAAGUGUAUAGCUAUCAUUUACUUCUCGAUUAAAUGUAGCAUGGCGUAAUUAUACAUUCUGUAAAUUGAUAUUAAGCAAGUCUUCCUUCAAUUAUGAGCCACAAUCCUUUUCAAAAGCAGGCUCUAGAUUAAAAAUGGAAAGCAAUGUUUUUCUAGUAGUUUUAUUAAUGUAUUCCUGUGAUGUACCCUGGACGAUAACGCCUACACUGCUAGAACUGACUAGUUAUUGUUUAAUUAUUCAUAGAAAAACCUUUAUGUGUGGUGAAGGAAUAAGAUCAGCCAUUUUGAACACCUUCGCGUUUGAAACGUUUGAGAGAGCAUGGACAGUAUGUUUUCCUAUUUAGUGAUUGGCAAAGAUUACAUCAACUCAUGUCUGCAUGGGAUAUUAGAAAACAUAGCAAAAUUAUCAGUGUGUAUCCACAACAUUAGAGCAAACCCACAAGAAAAUUGCUCAGCACCUUUCUUCAUAAGUUAUAGAGCAACCAGUUAAAUAUUAUUACAUUGGCCUGUUUAAAUAGUUGGCUUGUGAAUUUUAUUUUAACAAAAGUCUUUUGAAGAGAAUAAGAGAAUAUGGACUCUAAGGAUCCUCAUGAGUCUACUUACUCUUUUUAGACAAUUUUUAAUUAGUCUGUUUUAAAAAAAAAAGAACUAUGAUGGUGUAUGAUUCAUACACCAUAUAACAUUCCUAAAGGGUAUGAGAUGCUGAAUGCAUGGUACUGGUAAUUUACACCAACUCAUAGAUUCAAAUAUAAAAUAGAUAAUGUACAAAAGCAAAAUAAAACAUCAAUUUGUACUUA